AUGGCCACAAAAGUUGUGAAUUUCGGGAAGACUUUGUGGAAUCACAAGAAGAAAGUAAUUUUCUUCAGCGGUCUAGCUGCUUGGGGUGGAUCCUACGUCAAUGAAUUGUUGAAGUAAGUUUAAUUUUGCUGCUGAGCGGCUUCUUUGUUGUUUUAUGUUUAGGAACUUCUAUUUUGAGCAAUUUCUUGAGGACGGACCUUGUUGUAGGUCGAGGUGGUCGAAAAUUUGCGAUUUUAACGAAAUUAAGGAUGGAUGCUGCAGGGAAUUGUUUGAAAUAGCUGCCCUGUGGUUUUGACUAUCUGUUUGAUGAUUUUUACGCCCUAAAAUUUUCUCUGUAGUUUAGAUUUUCUGCAAAAAUUUAUUUUUGCCCUAAAAUUUCGAUGUUUUGAAAAAAUCUCAACCUAAGGUGCAGAAACACUACUGGUUUUUGUUUUUUUACUCAUAUUCGAUCUGCUUUUUCUAGUGAACAAAAGGUCCGCACCAAGUUUGCCCGAUUAGCUGCCGAUUUUGGAGAAGAAAAGGUCUCCACUGACUAUCAACCCAUCAAAGUCUUUGUUUUCGUCGAUAAAUCGGACCCCAACUCAUUCAAGAACCUGGCAGCCUUCAACAAGAACGUGUUGCCUCUUCUGACAUUGGCCGGACUCGAUAUUUACAUGGAAAAGGCGUCCGAUCGAAAGGAAUUGGAAGACUUGAGCAGAUCAGCUGAUGUGCGGAAUUGUGGGGGAAUUUUAGUUGUUGGAUCGGAGAAAUAUUCGGCGCCAGCGGUGCUAAAUGGGCUUAUUGUUGACGGGUUCCAUGAACGAGCGCGAGCGGUAUUUGGAGUUUUUGAUCCGGGUGAGUUUUUUGAUGUUGCACUUGAUAUUUAGGAGGACAAGAACGAAAAGUUGCCGCAAAUUUUUGAAGGAAAGACCGUUUUCAUUGAAGAAGGAUUUGAUUAAAACCUUUAAAAAAGUCUUCGAACUUAUGUGAAAUACCAUAAUUCAUCAAAAAAAUCACAUUUUCUGACAAAAAAUUUUGGGCUCAGCCGGUGAUCGAAACCGGGGCCUCUCGCACCCAAAGCGAGAAUCAUACCACUAGACCACUGAGCCGCAUUCUCCGCUCCGCGCAAACGCGAUCUCCACUUAUCGAAAAUCGAAAAAAAUAUCUGAAAACAAAGGAGAAAAAUUCAUUUUUUCAUCGCAAUUCUUUCUUAUCCCCUUAGGGCGUCUCUUUUCAUAGACGCAUCAAAGAACGCGGCUCAGUGGUCUAGUGGUAUGAUUCUCGCUUUGGGUGCGAGAGGCCCCGGUUUCGAUCACCGGCUGAGCCCAAAAUUUUUUGGAGGUGUAAAUUUAUGUUUAAAAUACGGGAGGAUGGUUUUGACGUAUCUUUAAGGUCUCUUUAAUUUAUUAUAUACCAGUUUUUUACUCUGCAAGACAUAAUAUGUUAUUUAUUUUUACAAAAUCUUAAACUUUUGCCUAGUGUAAUAUAAAGUCUCCGAAAUUUUUUGAGCAUCAUUUUUGAAUAGUUUAAGAUGUUUUAAAAUGCAUAGAAAGGGCCAUUUUGUGUUUGCUUUUUUUCAAUUUGUUCUCCUGUUUCAGUUGAAAAAGACGAUGUUCCCGCACUGUGCGAAAAGGCCAUUCGAAUAAUCAAAGGAAUCAAAAAGGAUCAACGAGUCUACAGAACCAAAGUUUAUGUAAGUUUAAACCUUUUUCUUUUAUUUAUUCUAUGUUUAGGGAGACGACAGAGACGAUAUCAAAGUGGACUAUCGACUGGGCGAUAUUACUUUUGGUUGGUAUGACUACAUUGCUGAGAGGCAAUCCAAAUUUUGGAUUUUUGGAGGCCUGGCCGAUCGAAUUGCAGCCACCUGGUACUUCCUCAAAGUACGUGGAGGUUGUAAAAAUUUAUAUUUUCGAUUUCAGAACUACCCAGAGCCCUUGGAAUGUCACGUGAGGCAAGUGGCGUACUGUUCGGGCUGUAGAAGAUGUAUUUCCGAAGCAAAAGCCAAGAAAACAGUCGCAGACAAACGCAAGGGCUUCUGGAGUCGAUGGAUCGGCCGAAGAGAGCAGCCCGGCGACGCCUUGAAACGACAAUAUUUGAACGUUCUGAACGAAAAUUGUGGAAAGGAAACUGAAAUGGACAUGAGCUUACUGGACUUGAGCAUACAAAAUGUUCAAAAUGGGGUCAGAAUUUUUUGAUUUUUUGUGGGGUGAUUGGUUUCUUGAGGAAAAAUCUUUUGACGAAAAAAAUUACUAAAAUUUGCGAUGAAAAGUUCUAAUAGGCAUUAAAAAGUCAAAAGAAAAAAAAAACAAAUAUUUUUCUCUAUGACACCAAAAAUUAUGUAAAAUACAAUUUUCAUAAAAAAAAACCGCCGCCCAUCAUAACAAAAAUUUUGGGCUCAGCCGGUGAUCGAAACCGGGGCCUCUCGCACCCAAAGCGAGAAUCAUACCACUAGACCACUGAGCCGCGUUCUCCGCUGCGCUUUUGAAAGCAUACGCCCUAAGGGGAUAAGAGUGAAUUGCGACAAAAAAUGAGUUGUUCUCCUUUGUUUUCAGUUAUGUUUUGUGCUUUUCGAUAAGAGGGGAUCUCGUUUGCGCGGAGCGGAGAACGCGGCUCAGUGGUCUAGUGGUAUGAUUCUCGCUUUGGGUGCGAGAGGCCCCGGUUUCGAUCACCGGCUGAGCCCAAACUUUUUGGCAUGAUGGGCGGUGGUAGUUUUUUGAUGAAAACUGGAUUUUACGUCAUUUUUGAUGUCAUAAAAAAGCGUAAAAAAAUUUUGAUAAACUUUUUUUAGAAAUCGUUGGUAAAUAAUCUUUUUUCCGCCUUAUUCUACCGUAUUUCAGGCUCGAGGACAGCUGGAAUUAAAAUCGGUGGAUCCAGCGACCGGUCGAUUCAACGCCAUCAAAACCGCUUGGAAAGAACUCUCAAAUAAAACCUCCGAAUCCCCAUUCAAAACUGAUUUAACAGCCAACAAAUUGGUCAUCGAAUUGAAACCCAAAUUUGAACAAGAAGAAGACCAAAGAUCGCCUUUCCCGGAGAUCCUCGCCAAUUCCCAGUCCGUAAGCCUACUAAAACCGAAAGAAACCUCAAAAAAUAUUAGUAGAAUUGUUGUGGAAAAUGUCUCAAAUAUUGUUCAGGUGUUUUAG